AUUCGAAUUAAAUUCAAUGAACAUUGUUUACAAUUUUGUACACUGAUUAUUUAAACCAUAUUGCGUCAAUAUGGAAAAAUUGCCCCCAAAAUCAAAGAAAAAUAAAGUUGUCACAAGGGAAGAACUACUAAAUCUAAAUAAGGAAGAUCUUGUGGACAGAAUUAUACAACUAGAAGCUCACAAUACGCAAUUGAGGAAUGUUAUUAGUAGGAAUAAAGCAGAGAAUUCUGAAAAUGUUGAUGGGAGUAAAAGAAAAUUUGAUUUUACAAAAUGCCACUAUCGCAAAGUGUUUCUCCGUAUACUCUACUUCGGCUGGGAUUACCAAGGCCUAGCGGUGCAGGAAGACUCCGCGCAGACCAUAGAACAUCAUUUAUUUCAUGCCCUGAUAAAAUCUUGCUUAAUAGAGAAGAGGGAAACAUCGCAGUACCAUAGAUGCGGUAGAACGGACAAGGGCGUCAGUGCUUUUGGCCAGGUCAUUUCUAUAAGCCUUAGAAGCAGGUUUCCGCCGUCAGAACAAACAAACUGUAAUACUGAGAUGCCCUAUUGUAAAAUAUUGAACCGACUACUGCCUAAAGACAUAAGAGCAAUUGCCUGGAUGCCUGUUCCUAAUGACAGGCUAGAUUACAGUGCUAGAUUCGACUGCAAAAAGCGACAAUACAAGUAUUAUUUUCCAAAAUCAUCACUAAACCUGCUUGCGAUGCGCGAAGCGUGCUCGCAUCUGAUUGGCUCGCACGACUUCCGCCAUCUUUGCAAAAUGGACGUCGGCAAUGGCGUCACGGAGUUUAGGCGGGAGAUUUUGACAGCUGACAUUGUUGCCAUAGAUAAAAAUGAUAUGGACAAACCUACAUCAAUGUAUACUCUUUUAAUAGAAGGCAAUGCAUUCCUUUGGCACCAAAUUCGUUGUAUUAUGGCGGUGCUUUUACUGGUGGGGGAGGGGAAGGAAGCACCGAGUGUGGUCACUGAGUUGCUUGACGUUGAAACACACUCAAGGAAACCACAGUAUCACAUGGCUUUAGAUCUACCGUUAAACUUAUUUAAGUGUACGUAUGAUGUAAAAUCGGAUUGGAUAUACGAUAUGAGUGAACUGAAAACGAUAAUAUGCGAUCUACAGAGUAUGUGGACCUUGCACUCUAUCAAAACAACUAUGAUCAGAGAUUGCAUUGAAGAAUUACAGAAUGUAAGACAAAUGAUAGGCGAAAAUACAAGUGAAAAAGAGACGGCAUGCAAUAAAAGCGAUAUGAAUAAAGAAUACAAUGAAAACAGAGAUAGCAAUAGUGGAAUGAACGUAUGCGUGACAGAGACGCAAGAUGUUGCAAAUAACAAACUCGUAAAUGAUACUACAAAUGAUGUUUGCGAGAAAGGGACAGCAGAUACAAAAUAUUCUGAGAUAGAAAGAGACAGUGUGGUAUCGUAUACAGAAUGUUUAAUUCAAGGCGUGAAAGCUAGAGUUUAUACGCCUCUAUUAAAACGGGAGAAAUGUUCGAGCUUAGAAGAAAGAAUAGAGUAUUAUAAGAAGAAAAGAAAAAUAAUGGAUAAUUGAAUUAUCUUUUUUUUGCAAAUAAACAAUUUAAAAUGC